AUGUUUCUAAGAGCCGCCAUGGAGACGGUGACGGUGGGCCUGUUCGGAGCCGCUGGCCCGCCAGCUGGAGCGGCCUCUCGGCCGAGCACGGGCCCGGCUAACAUGGACCACCUGCUGGACAGCUGCGCGCCGGCCGUCGAGAAACGACGGCUCGACGCCCCGAGCCGGCGCCCCAUCGACGAGUGGAUCCCCAAGACGGUGGUGGUGGUGAACCUGGCCGACUUCUACAAGCCGCGCGAUGCGUCGCAGCUGUUCGGCUCGCAGCCGGAGGGUGGCGCCACCGGCGACGAGGCGGCCAGCGGCCUCCACCUGCUCGCCUCGACGGCCAACAUGGCCGGCGGCAGCGGCGCCGAGCCGGCCGGCAAGCCCAGGUUCACCUGCGCGCUCUGCCACGCCGGCUGCUCCUCGCAGAUGGCGCUGCGCGUGCACAGCGCCUCGGCGCACGCCACACGGCUGGCGGUGUGCACGCGCUGCGGCCAGUCGUUCCUGAACCAGCGCCAGCUCGACAGGCACCCGUGCGAGGAGCAGAAGCGCGAGGAGCGAGAGCGGCCGCGACCGCGCGUGCCGCCGCUCGUCGUGCGGCCACCCAAGGCACCGCGCGUAAGGCGUCUGGAGGACACCAGCUCCUCGGAGGAGGAGGACUCUGAGGAGGAGCGGGGUCGUUCCCCGUCUCCGCCGUUGCCGCCGCCGCCGCUGCCGCGGCCCGUGGCGCGGCGGCCGCCGCUGCCAGCGCCGCCAGCGCCACCUAGGAGGCCGACCAAUGGCAAGAAGGAGGCGUAUGUGUGUCGUGUUUGCCAUUCCAAAUUCCGGGAUCCGAAAUCCGUGCUCAGCCAUCUGAAAGAAUUUCACCCAGAGCAUGCCAGAAAAGCGUGGAACAAGUUCCAGGAGAACCUGCGCUCGCGCCAGCCGGGCAGCGGAGCGCGGCCCGCUCCCGGCGGCGCCGGCGGCGACGACACGUUUGCCGUGCGCUCCGUGGCGCCGAUGAAGCUGAAGCUGUCCCGGCCGCAGCAGCAGCAGCAGCGGCUGGACUCGGAGCCGCCGUCGCCGGGCUUCGUCACGUGCGGCGUGUGCGGGGGCACCAAGUAUUACACGCACACGGCGCGCUGCCGGCUGCACGGCUCGUACGCGUGCGACGCGUGCCGCCAGUUCGCCGGCCGCGUGCAGCCCGCGCAGCCGAUCCAGUGCCUGCUGGGCCUGGGCCGCUGCCACAUCCCGGUGUUGGCGCCGCGGCACGCGGCCGACACGCGCUGCCGCGCCUGCUGGCUCAAGAAGUGCCUGGCCGCGUUCAACAUGCCGGCCGAGCGGCACGACCGUACCAGAGAUGCCUCCCCUACCGCCCUCUGCCUGCGGUAG